CUUUUCAGUUUUGACGAAUAGUUAUUUUUGCAUGGCCGUGCUAGUUGUUGUAUCACUUCCAAGUCAGGAUGUCUGUCCCUCCACCGGUGGUUCCCAGGAAACCUUCGGGGGUUCGCGUCAUGCUGAGCCCAGAUGACCAGUCCCUGCCCAGCAUCCUGCCAGCAUUCCCGGACCCUGCUAAAGAGAUGGACCCCAGAUCGACCAACAACAAUGGACAAUCGUCAGUGAACUCCGAAAAAGAAGUUGAAAUCCUGAACCACUGUUUUGACGAUAUUGAGCGAUUCAUGCUGCGGCUACAGCAAACAGCAGAGGCUCAAAGCGUUCUCAACCAGAGGAAGAAGAAGAGGAGGAGCAAAAAGAAGGUGGAGAAGGAGGAUGACCUGUUGACCAUGAAGGCCUGUCCUCCAAAAGAAGAUGAAUUUGUGGACAUCUAUCAGAAGUUUAAGUACUCCUUCAGCCUACUGGAUCGACUGAAGACCACAAUAUCAGAACCCAGCGCUCCGGAUCUCCUGCAUCACAUAUUUGUACCUCUUAGACUGAUGGUGAAGACCACUGGACCAGAGCUGGGGGCUUCUGUGGUCAGUCCGGCCCUGACCACUGGAGCCGUGUCUCUGCUCCAGGACCAGCUCACUGCAGACGAGAGGGAGCUGUGGACUUCUCUGGGACACAACUGGACAUCAGCCCGGUCUCAUCUGGGUGUGUCCGUUGCUCCGUACAGCCCUGAGUUUCUGGACGGGUGGCAGCCUGGAGAGUUUGACUCGACCGGUCAGCCUGUGGAGGACCCCAUAGAGUCCCAGCACAAGGAGGAUGCGCUCAUGGAGAGUCUACUGGCCCAGAGAGCCAAGGAGCUGGCCACAGAGACUGAUCAAACAGAUGGAAAUGGGUUGCCAGAGGGGGAGCGCUUGUACUGCUGCAGUUACGACUUUGUGGCGCGUAACAGCAGUGAGCUUUCUGUCCUGCAGGGGGAGACAUUAGAGGUACUCGAGUCAUCCAAGCGCUGGUGGAAGUGUCGUAAUCGCUUUGACCAGAUCGGCUUUGUUCCUCAUAACAUCCUGGAGCCACUGUCUGAACUGAACAAGACUGAAAAUGAUGUGACUGUGGUGCGGAGGGAGACUAAGACAGCCCUGGUCCCCCGCUCCAAGUACUACUCCUAUGCCCCCAGUACUGCAGUAGAAAAUAGUCCUACCUCUGAAAACCCACCAGCCCGACCUCACAGUAUGGUACUGCCCACUCCAAUGUCCAUGCAGGCAGAAGACAGCAGCAGAGUGUUAAUAGUGAACGAUGAGCUCCUGGAGAGACUGGCUGGUAGGAGAGGAUCCACACGUCCCCCAGUGGUCAGUAAAGCUGCAGACACUUCCUCCCCUCUGAACUAUCACUCCCGCCCAGAGGUGAAGGCCUGGCUCUCCAGUAAAGGCUUCAGUGAACAGACAGUGAAUAGCCUGGGCGUUCUGAACGGAGCGCAGCUGUUCUCUCUGAAUAAGGGGGAGCUGUGCACAGUGUCGCCACAAGAGGGGGCGAGAGUCUACAGCCAGGUCAUGGUUCAGAAGGCCCUGCUGGAGGAUGUGCGCAAAGCCUCUGAACUAGAAGCCGCCAUGGAAAAACAAAAGUUGAAGAUUGGCUCUGAAGACGAAGGCCUGGUGUGAUGGAGAAUCCACAAAUGAGCUGUUAACAUACUGUGAAAGUGAAGAGAUGGAGCCAAAAUAAAUAAACGGAGUUGGCUUGAUGUCAUAAUCUUAGUAUGGAUUUUUGGUUCCAGCUAAAUCAAAAACGUCCAAGUUUUUAACGUAUUAC